AUGAGGGAUCAGAUAGACCUGCUGGCCACUGUCACGGUUUUGGGAGUGCUGGAGCAAGCCUAUUUUGCGAUGCAGGUGAUCUACGCCCGGCGGAAGUACAAGAUCUCCCCUCCCGAGACAACAGGUCACCCUGAGUUUGAGAGAAUCUUCAGAGCUCAGGCCAAUUGCUCAGAGUACUUUCCGAUCUUCACCUCACUCCUCUGGGUUGCUGGAAUCUUCUUCCAUCAAGGCUGGCACGUGGUGUUAGGGCGGCAGCAAGCACAAGCAGAGCUGCAACACAAUACCCAGAUCGCUGCGUCAGACAGAGAAACCAUGACCCAAACAAUUAGUCAUCCCCCGUCCAUCCCGUAUCAGCUGGGACUGAAGGCAGAUGUGUAUCACCCCCCUGUGCAUCACCCGUGGCUCAGUCUCGAGGGAGGGUGGGGGGAUGCCAAGCUCUCCGCCAACACGCUUCGCAUCCCGGGUGGGCUGGGGGUGUCGAUGGCGUUCUUCUCUCCGCACAGGUUGGGGCCGCUGUACGCCAGCGCCCGGCUGCUCUGGCUGCUGCUGGGGCUGGCCGGGGUCGGGCUCCUGGCACCCUUCGUGCGGGCCCGCCCCUCCCCAUGGAUGGCAGCGCCAUGGAUGGUGCGGCCCCUCCAGCUGCUCAGUGCACAGUGA